CAGAAGUCCAUGGAAAAGAUCGCGUUCAUUUCUUGUUUGGUGGACGAGCUCCUGAUCAGAUUGUGUUUGAAAGGCACCCGUUAUAUGUCGAUCACUAUGGUUUUGGGUCUGUCGUCCCUCAGUUUGUUCCGCCUGCGUUCUACGCUCACUUUUCGUCUACAAGCACAAGAUGUUGAUGACGUCAGACCUUUCAAGAAUUUUCACGAACUUCGCAGUUUUUUCCUGAACUCAAUUUUGUCCGCGCAAUUAUGCCAGUGUCCGAUAACUUCGACCCGGACCGACUGGUCAAGCACGAGAGCCCGGUGAGUCCGAAAAUCUACGGGGAGGUGGCGGUGGUGACGUUGUGCACGGGUUUUAUACUCCUCGCGUUCUUUAUGUUGCACGAAGUGACCGCGAGCAAGAUGGAGUACAACCUGAAAAAACAGAUCGGAAUAUCCGCCGUCGCAUCGGGCUUUCUGGGCGUCGGAUUCGUAUAAGAGAAAACUUGAAACUUUUUCAGUCAUCAUGAACAUGGAGUUUGAAAAUGGUUUCGGCAUUUCAAAGAACCGGAAAUAGUUUAUACUUUUUUUCGGAUGAAAAUCGGAAAAGAUCUAGAUCGUUGUAAAAAUUCAGAUUUUCCUCCUGAUGAAUUUCGGCGUCUACAUAUGACCUUGCCGCUCCUCCAUCGCCGCUGGAAAGUAUGCUCCUCUGCAACCCGUGACCGCCGCAGCACUGCUUCGAUCGAGAAUACAGCAACAGUGAUUUCUUGCUACUCACGAAUGAAUUUGCGCUCCUGAAUAAGCCUGACUCAGACUCUGCGCGUACUUACAACGCAGUGCCAAGACAAAAAUAAAGAACUUAAUGGAAUAAAACACGGAUAAGAUCGACAGCAAAUUCAAAUUGAUGAAUCGGCGUUCCUGUUGUAUUAAACUGUUCCAUUC